AUGCAUAGGUCGAUAGGGAGAUCCAAGUUGACUCGUCCAGUGCGAUUCCGGAUGGACGUGUUCAUGCUGCCCUUGUUGUGUUUCAUGAACGUCUGCUCUUACCUUGACAAGGCCAACAUCGGGGUGGCAAACACAGCCGGCAUGAGUGCUGACCUUGGUCUGUCGACCCAGCAGUAUCAGGCACUCCUCACUAUCUUCUACGUCGUUUACACUCUCUUCCAAUGGGAGUUCAUCAUGCUCAAGUACAUUCAACCCAAAUUGUGGCUUGGCUCCAUCGUCCUCCUCUGGGGUCUCACCUCAGCCCUCCAAGGCGUCACCCAAGGCUUCGCUGGGAUGAUGGUCUGCCGGGUGGUUAUCGCCGCACUCGAAGCCGGUGGCGGCCCUGCCAUUUCCUUCUACUUUACCAUGCUUUACCCUCGAGGCGAAUUCGGUUUCCGCUGGGCGAUCUUCCAGGCCUCGUCUUGUGUCUCCAACGCCAUGGCCGGAGCGAUGGCAUACGGUCUUGUCCAGCUCAAGACCUCGUUGACUCCUUGGCGCCUAGUCUAUGUUGUUGAAUCAUCCCCCACCUUUCUUUGCGGCAUUCUCAUCUUCCUGUUCAUCCCCAACGGCCCGGACAAGUGUAUCUUCCUGAACGGACGUCAGAAAGAGAUCGCCCUCGAGCGCGUCCAGCGCGGUGUCAUUGUCGAGAAACAUGGGUUUACCUGGCGUCACAUGCUCCAGGGGUUCAAGGAGCCCUGGACGUGGUGGAUUGGUCUCAUUCACUUUUUCGGCGGGAUCGGUGGCAUCGGCUACAUGGUCAUUGCCUUUGCCCCAUCCAUCGGUGCGAGGUACUUUGCGGUCUACAUUACCGUCAUCGGGAUGUACAUCGCUCAGCCGCUGAUGUUCUCAUGGUGCGCCACGAACGCUGAGUCUGACUCGAAGCGAGCUGCUACUCUUAUCACCUUUCUCGUCAUGGGCCAGCUUGGCUCCAUUCUUGGCUCAAACGUGUAUGAUGACCCUCCCCGAUACAUCAAGGGCAAUUCCAUCUGCGCUGCUGGCCUUUUCGCCAAUAUCAUUCUCGCAAUCACCGGCACGUACUAUCUCAAGUGGCGCAACAGGCAGAAGGAUGAGAAGUACGGCAAACACGACCCGACCGUGCGCCUGCAGCAGUCCGUGGAUGGUGGCGACAAUCCCAACUUCCGCUUCGUGAUGUAG